AUGCACAAUACGGGCUAUCGACCGGGUCUGCGACCGUCGCGCAAGAACUGGAUCAUCGCUGUGAUCCUGCUUUGCCUCGGCCUCUGGCUCGUCAUUACCGUGUUCGGCACGAGAAAAUCGCAAAUGCGAGCAUCUGGAGAUGGAGAUGAUGAUGUGGACUACUCGACCGUAGAGGUGGUGGGCAAGUGGCCCGAGGGCCGCAAGAAGGUGGUCCUGCUCACCGGCGGUGCGGGCUUCAUUGCGCGCUUCCUGCUCGGCCGAGGCGACGACGUGAUCAUUGUGGACGAGGUCAACGACUACUACGACAUCACCAUCAAGGAGGACAACCUCGCCUUCCUCUCCUCCUUCGCCAAGCACCGGCUGGACAUUGCCGACCGCGCGGGCAUGCGCGCCAUCUUCGACCAGGCCCAGACCGAUGGCGCCCCAAUCACGCACAUCUGCCACCUGGCCGCUCGCGCCGGCGUGCGCUACUCCAUCGAGAACCCCGACGUCUACAUCCACUCCAACCUCCAGGGCACGUUGGUCAUGCUGGACAUGGCGCGCGAUUACACGGUCACCAAUUUCGUGUUCGCCUCGUCGUCGUCGGUCUACGGCGAGAACAAGAAGGUGCCCUUCGCCGAGACCGACCGAGUGGACAACCCCGUAAGCCCUUACGCAGCGACGAAGCGGGCGUGCGAGCUGCUGGCCAAGACCUACAACCACUUGUACGGCAUUCCGAUGUCCGGCCUUCGGUUCUUCACCGUCUACGGGCCUCGCGGUCGGCCUGACAUGGCUCCCUAUAAGUUCAUCGACGCCAUCUACAAUGGCAAGCCCAUCAACAAGUUUGGCGACGGUACCACAUCUCGAGACUACACGUUCGUCUCCGACGUUGUACAGGGCAUUGUGGCCACGAUCGACAUGCCCUUCGCUGAGCUGCAGCUCUUCAACCUGGGCAACUCGCGAACCAUCAACCUUAACCGGUUUAUCGAGGUCGUGGAAGCAGCUGUGGGGAAGAAGGCGGUGAUCAAUCACAUGCCACCUCAGCCUGGCGAUGUACCGAUCACGUUUGCCGACCUGCGAAAGUCCAAGCAGCUGCUGGGCUACGACCCUCAAGUGCCGAUCGAAGAGGGAAUCAAGAGGAUGGCCGAGUGGUACAUCGAGAAGUAUGGCAAGGCAUGA